AUCUUUCUCACUGGGAGGCUCAGCAGCGCAGUUCCUGCCUUAGCCGCGUGCAGCGGGAAGCUGGAGCAGCACACGGAGCGGCGCGGCGUCAUCUACAGCCCGGCCUGGCCCCUCAACUACCCGCCGGGCACCAACUGCAGCUGGUACAUCCAGGGCGACCGUGGGGACAUGAUCACCAUCAGCUUCCGCAACUUUGACGUGGAGGAGUCCCACCAGUGCUCCCUGGACUGGCUCCUGCUGGGCCCGGCAGCUCCCCCGCGCCAGGAGGCCUUCCGCCUGUGCGGCUCCGCCAUCCCGCCCGCCUUCAUCUCCGCCCGCGACCACGUCUGGAUCUUCUUCCACUCGGACGCCUCCAGCUCCGGCCAGGCCCAGGGCUUCCGUCUCUCCUACAUCCGAGGGAAGCUGGGCCAGGCGUCCUGCCAGGCAGACGAGUUCCGCUGUGACAACGGCAAGUGCCUGCCGGGCCCGUGGCAGUGCAACACCGUGGACGAGUGCGGGGAUGGCUCUGACGAGGGCAACUGCUCCGCGCCGGCCUCCGAGCCGCCGGGCAGCCUGUGCCCCGGGGGCACCUUCCCGUGCAGCGGGGCGCGCUCCACGCGCUGCCUGCCGGUGGAGCGGCGCUGCGACGGCACGCAGGACUGCGGCGACGGCUCCGACGAGGCCGGCUGCCCCGACCUGGCGUGCGGCCGGCGGCUGGGCAGCUUCUACGGCUCCUUCGCCUCCCCGGACCUGUUCGGCGCGGCCCGCGGGCCCUCGGACCUUCACUGCACGUGGCUGGUGGACACGCAGGACACACGGCGCGUGCUGCUGCAGCUGGAGCUGCGGCUGGGCUACGACGACUACGUGCAGGUGUACGAGGGCCUGGGCGAGCGCGGAGACCGGCUGCUGCAGACGCUGUCCUACCGCAGCAACCACCGGCCCGUGAGCCUCGAGGCCGCCCAGGGCCGCCUCACCGUGGCCUACCACGCCCGCGCCCGCAGCGCCGGCCACGGCUUCAACGCCACCUACCAGGUGAAGGGCUACUGCCUCCCCUGGGAGCAGCCGUGCGGGAACGGCGCUGAGGGCGGCCCGGACCCCUCCGGGGACCAGGGCUGCUUCUCGGAGUCACAGCGCUGUGACGGCUGGUGGCACUGCGCCAGCGGCCGAGACGAGCAGGGCUGCCCCGCCUGCCCGCCCGACCAGUACCCCUGCGAGGGCGGCAGCGGCCUGUGCUACACGCCCGCCGACCGCUGCAACAACCAGAAGAGCUGCCCCGACGGCGCCGACGAGAAGAACUGCUUCUCCUGCCAGCCCGGAACCUUCCACUGCGGCACCAACCUGUGCAUCUUCGAGACGUGGCGCUGCGACGGCCAGGAGGACUGCCAGGACGGCAGCGACGAGCACGGCUGCCUGGCGGCCGUGCCCCGCAAGGUCAUCACCGCCGCGCUCAUCGGCAGCCUGGUGUGCGGCCUGCUGCUCGUCAUCGCCCUGGGCUGCGCCUUCAAGCUCUACUCGCUGCGCACGCAGGAGUACAGGGCCUUCGAGACCCAGAUGACGCGCCUGGAGGCCGAGUUCGUGCGGCGGGAGGCGCCCCCAUCCUACGGCCAGCUCAUCGCCCAGGGCCUCAUCCCCCCUGUGGAGGACUUUCCCGUCUACAGCGCGUCCCAGGCCUCGGUGCUACAGAACCUCCGCACGGCCAUGCGGCGACAGAUGCGCCGACACGCUUCCCGCAGGGGGCCCUCCCGCCGCCGCCUGGGUCGCCUCUGGAACCGGCUCUUCCACCGGCCACGGGCACCCCGAGGCCAGAUCCCGCUGCUGACCGCCGCGCGCACCUCACAGACAGUGCUGGGCGACGGGCUCCUCCAGCCCGCAGCAGGGGCGGCUCCGGACCCCCCGGCGCCCCUUACGGACACAGGCAGCCCCCGGGCGGCUGGGGUCGGACCCUCUAGUGCCCCCGGCCACGCAUCCGGGGUGGGACCUUCAGUCCCACCCCCACCCUGCGGCCUGCGAGACUCAGAGUGCAGGCCUGUGGACAAGGACAGAAAGGCCUGCAGGGACCCUCUGGUGGACAGCCCGGCCGCUGCGGACACGGCUCGGGAGCCUUGCUCGGCCCAGGACCCCCACCCCCAGCCCCCCACUGCCAGCAGCACCCUCGGCCCCCGCUCGCCAGAGCCACUGGGGGUCUGCAGGAGCCCCCCGCCACCCCGCUCCCCGAUGUUGGAGGCCAGUGACGACGAGGCCCUGCUGGUCUGCUGACCCGCCAGGCACGCUGGUGACCGCCACAGCCCCGCUUUGUAACCAGGGAAUACACAGUCGUUUCUACCCUG